AUGACUGCUCAAUGCAAUGAGGGUGCAGCUACUGUAGAGGAGGGGAAGGACACUUUGGUCGAUCAGGAGCUGUUAACUAGUGAUCCUGAUGAGCUGAGGCAGCUGGCGAAGAUCGCCCGGGAGAAGGGUCAAAUUGAUAGGGCAUGUAACUUGCUUGGUGAUGCCUGUGAGAUUACUUGUAAUAGAGAAGGAACGGAUACGUGCAAGGCGAUGGCGGCAGUACUCUUUGACUUUGGGGAUUGUUUGCUGGCGAAGGAAGAAGAGUCUUUGGACAUCUUGAAUGCUGAUGGUGGGGAGAAUGGCAGUGAUAUGGAUAACGUGUUGGGGGGAGGGUCGUCAACGAAGAGUGCGAUGGAUCGACUGCAGGAGGCAGUUGAUAUGGUCAAAGCAACGAGGGAGAGAGAGCUUGCUACUGGCAAGGGGGCAGAUGAGGAUGCCGAGUCGGAUGUGGAUGACCUUCAAUUAGCUUGGGAGAAUCUCGAGCAGUGCCGUAAUUGCUUGCAGCUCUUCACGGAGGAGGAGAUGCCGUGGGACCUCGCCAGACGCUGUCAUAGCCGACUUGGGGACUUCCUGCAACUGCAGGAGCGGUAUCCUCAGGCCUGCGAGGAAUUCGAAAAAGCUCUGGAAAUCUGCAAUAAAUGUUGUCCACCUGUUGAUGCGAGAGAAAGAGCUGUGAUCCUGUUGAGGUUGGGUGAAUGCCAGCGUCAAGAGGACAAGGAGAAGGGAAAGAAGACUCUGUUAGAGGCUAAAGCAUUGCUCGAGGGUCAUCAACAGCAGCAUGACAAGAACGAUGAC